GAUAAGGAGUCACCGGAGGCGGGACUUCUACGGAAGGCUGCUGGUGUCGAUGAUUCACCGUGUGGUAAUGUUCACGGCGAGAGGAGAGCCAGUGACUGAGCAGAGUGCACCAUCAUGGGGACGAACAUGUUCUCACUGUGGCUGAUAUGGGUGUGUCUCGUGCAGAGCUCUGCGAUGUUGUCUCAUGUGGAGAGAUAUGACGUGGUCACACCUCGGAGACAGAAGAGGAGCCUGCAGGACAACCAGCUUUAUCCUGACACGAUUCAAUACCAGUUAGCCAUUGAAGGGAGGAACCACACAAUGAAUCUGGAAAAAAACAGGAAUCUCAUUGGGAAAGGCUACACUGAGACACACUAUUUAGAAGAUGGGAAACGGGUUACAACAUCGCCUAAUGAGGAGCACUGCUACUAUCAGGGUCACAUUGAAGGCAUGAAGGACUCUUCAGUCAGUGUUGGGAUUUGUUCAGGCAUUAGUGGCUAUGUGAGAGCCCAGCAGCAGGUGUACCUGAUAGAGCCUCUGGGACAGUCUGAGGAAGGGGGCCAUGCAGUGUACAGACCGGAGGACUUGAAGACCAUCAACUCCUCGUCCAACACCCCCCCGCUGUACGACCAGGACCAGGCCCAGGACCCACGGCUCUCCAGCCUCUUCAGAUCCAGAUCACGGAAAACCAAACCCGUUGCAGGACCACAGAAGUUCGUCGAGCUGUUUGUGGUGGUGGACAAUACUGAGUAUACGCUAUAUGGAAGCGAGACUAAGUCCCGGGUCCUCGGAGCUAUAAAUCACGUUGACAAGCUGUAUCGAGCUCUGAACAUUCGCGUCAUGCUGGUGGGCUUGGAGAUUUGGACGUACAGAGACUACAUGGAUGUUGACACUAAUUCAGAGACCACCCUGGACCAUUUCCUCCUGUGGCGGCAGUCCGAUCUUCUGAAGAGGAUCAAGCACGACAAUGCCCAAUUUGUGACUGGCAAAGAUUUUGACGGAGACACAGUUGGACUGGCAAAUAAGUUUGCCAUGUGUACCGAAAACUCAGGUGGAGUCAAUCAGGAUCACCAUGGCAACCCAAUAGGCCUUGCCUCUACCAUUGCUCAUGAGGUGGGACAUAACUUUGGCUUGUCACAUGAUGCUGAAGGCUGUAUGUGUGGUCCAUCGUACAGCAGUGGGAACUGUGUGAUGGCAGAAAAACUCAGGACAGGAAAUCAAGCAUUCCCAGAGUUUUUCAGCGGCUGCAGUGUGGAGCAGCUAGCCGAGUUCAUGGCGCGGGCGCAGCCCAGCUGCUUGUCCAGACCCAGCUCCAUUACGAACAUCGCUGCAGGUCCUAGCUGCGGCAACAACCUCCUGGACCCCGGAGAGGAGUGUGACUGCGGCCCUGUGGAGGAAUGUCAGAACCCUUGUUGUGAUGCCUCGACUUGUCGCCUGACUGAAGGAUUCCAGUGUGCUCAGGGAGAAUGCUGUAACAACUGCCAGCUCAAACCGGCAGGAGGUGUAUGCAGAAAGUCAGCCAGUGACUGUGACUUGCCUGAAUACUGCACCGGAGAGUCAGAGCAGUGUCCUGAAGACAGCUUUGAGAUGAACGGCAAGCCGUGCUACGACCAGGCGCAGGGCUACUGCUCCAACGGACAAUGCCCCACACAUCAGCAGCACUGCUGGAGGCUGUUUGGACCAGGGACCAGAGUUGGAUCAGAUGUGUGUUUUAAUCUGAACACACGGGGCGAAGAAGGUGCAAACUGUGGAAGGGACAAAUUCAGCUACAUCCCCUGCACUGCACCGAAUCUGAAGUGUGGGUCUAUGUUUUGUGAAGGAGGAGGCGAGUCCAUCUCAGGUAAAAGGGCAGACUUCCGCUUGAUCGGCUUAGAAUGUAAACUAGCAGUGGAUGACGAUAAGACCAGAAACAUCGACAUGGUGCCAAAAGGAACCAAAUGCGGACCAAACAAGGUUUGCCUCGACAACAGAUGUGUGGAUAUGUCAGUUUAUGGGAAAAAGGAGGACUGUUCAAAGAAAUGCAACAACAAUGGGGUGUGUAACCACAAGAACGAGUGCCACUGUAACCCUGGCUGGGCUCCACCCUACUGUGACAUCCAGUAUGCAGAUUUACCUCAAGUUCAGAGUGGGAUAAUAGCCGGAGUGUGUGCAGCUCUCUCCAUCCUCCUGACCAUCACCGCGGUGACUGCAGGGCUGAUGUGUUGUAAAAAGGACAACACGGACAACUUCAUCUACAAAAGGAAAGGGAAUUCUGCCCCAGACAAGCUGAACCCGAUGUUUCAGGACGGGAGUGUUAAAGACAGACCUCAGAUCAGUGCGCCCACUUUCAUGGCGUCAACAGCAACACAAGCCUACGCUCCUCUGGUUGUUACCGUGACUCCCAGCAGAGCCGCUCCACAGCCACCAAAGAAACUGUCUCCAGUCUCUCCUACAGCACAAACUGAGCCGGCAAAACUUCUACCUCCAUCUCUGCCUCCUCUGAGUAAACCUCAGUUGAAUGCAGCCAAACCAGCUCCUCCUCCUGUACCUCCAGUCAAGCCUAGCGCCCCUCCUGCUGCCAGAGUCAAGCCUAGCCCCCCUCCUCCGCCCCCAGCGAAGCCACAGACAUUCAGACUCACAUGAAAGUCUCAAGCUUAACUAAAGCAGAAAAACCUCCAGCAUAGUCGUAUAUAUGGAAAAAGAGCGAUCCUUUUUGGGUCAUAUGUGAGUCACAGAUUCCAAAAACGUUUGUCUUGAUGCGUCAGUGACCGCGGCUUCACCGACUGAGAAUGUCUUUGAUGACCAACAGCUCCGCGCGGCUGUAGAAAAGUGAUUAUGGGGUGGAAAAAAGUCUCCAUUUAUUUAACUGCCGGUACAGUUGUUUGUCAAAAAAAGUUUUUCCUGCUCACGUUUUCCUGUGUUCUCUCUAUUGCGUGGGCAAAAUGGUGCACAUUUGAAAAUGUAUAUUCAUAUUUAUUGAAUGUCUGUGAAAGGGACUGUAUGUAAGUAAGGGGUAUUUAAGUAGACUUCAAUGAGGGUCCAUUUCCGUAUUUCCAUAAUAUCUAAAUUGUGUCUUACAUGCAGAGGUGGGAGAAGUACUCAGAAGUACCAUAGUGUAGGGCAGUGCUUCUCAAAGUGUGGUCCGUGAGCGCCCCCUAGUGGUCCGUGAGUAUAUUGGUAACAUUUCACAUUUGAAAUAAAUAAAUAAAUAAAAGUUUUCCGCACUCUCGUGGGAAUAUCUCCGCAAUGGAGCGAGCUUAAGUUUCACUUUCAAUUGCAUGAUAUAGCCCAGCGCAACACCUUCAUCACACAUGUUGCUACUUGUUUGUACCAUUUUCAGGCAAUUUUUAAUCUGUUCUAGAAAAACGAUGUGUUUUUGGAUAUUUUUGGAGUUAGGUGGUCCGCGAGUGUUUUUUUAUUGGUUAAGUGGUCCUUGGUAUGAAAAAGUUUGAGAAACACUGGUGUAGGGAAAUCCUGCAUUCAGAAUGUUACUCAAGUUAAAGUAUAAAAGUAUUAGCAUCAAAAGUAAAAGUAGUCGUUGUGCAGAUUGGUCCAUUUCAGAAUAAUAUAUAUUAUAUGUUUUAUAAUGAUUCAUCAUUUGUGUUGUGUGUUAUUUGUGUUUUAUGGACAAAUCUCAGCUGUUUUGAUCAAACCAUAUCAUCAUAAGAAGCAGCAGGUUCCUUUUCUCAAAGUCAAAGCCUUUUGGUUAGAUGUCAGAAAUAGGCUCUGUGGUUUGUUAACACUAGCUCAAAAGUGUUGUUAAUGUCGUUGCCCUGCUUGUGAAUUUAUAAGCUCCUAUGCGUCUUAAAAAAGGCGUUGGCUAACAAGGGAAACAUUUGACUAAAAAACGUCAUCAGAGAAAAAUCUAGUCCUCCUUUAGCCUAUUCUAAUGUUGUUUUUUGCAUUUGGGCAAACAUUGAAUGCAUCAUAAAUGUUUGCUUGUUUUCUGCAACAAACCGAAUGGAAUACUCAGUAGAUUUUGUGGAUGGAUCCACCAGUUUACCUACAAAAGUACAUCAUCCCUGCAGCACUCUAACAGAGGCUGAAUUGUUCCAUAAGUUCCUAAGUGAGCAGAUCUCCCACACACUCUCCAGUUGUAUUCUUUCUAAGCACAUGUUUGAACCUGCUGCAGGGAUUUGAACCUGUUCAUCCUAAAGAGCAUUAGAGAGGUCCAACUCUGAUGCUGCUGAUCAGGUCUGGCUCACAGUCCAGUUCAUCCCCACUCUGUUGGAUGGGUUGGAAGUCUGUGCAGAACAGCCUAGUUCUUCCAACCAUAGACUGCUUCCAACGCAGAAAUGGGAAAAUAUUUCAAAACCGCUGAAAAUGUUGAAGAUGUUUUCGAGGCACGAGGAGGGAGUUGAGGAAUGUAGGCCCGAGCAAAGGGGAGCUCGUCUGAUUCGCUCUGAAUCACAACCUAAGCAGCUUGUAAACCAGCGCUGUUUACAAUGACUGUGGUUUGUUCUACAGCGAGGCUCUGUCUGCUUGUUGCUCUCUCAGAUCAGAUUUACUGGACUGAAUCCACAGGGGAUGAUAUGCAGUGACAUCAUCCGCCUUGAAAGGGGAUCUGGGCGUUUAGUCUAACAUGCAGCCAUGUGUUUGUUCAAUCCACAAGAAGAAUUUCCAACGACGCCAUGAUGUGUCUUUUCUUGUUCUUCCAUGUUUGAUUUAACUUCAGUUUCCUCAUGUCUCAGACUCAGUCCUAAAUAAUGUCAAAUGUCUAAAUAACAAGAUAUGACUGAUGACAGCUUGCUGGUUGAAAUGUUUCUGCCGCAGGAGAGAGCAGACAGUGACGGAACAUGAGUUUUCAUGACAAAUCACUUCCACAUUUUGUUAAACAGCUGAGGCUGAACGGGACCAGAAAAACUUAAAGACUGGCCGUGAGAAGGAAGGAAGGAGGAUAAUCUAUGUGACUCACUGUUAAUCACUCACUUUGAAGGCUAGAACAAAGCUUAAAUUGUUGACUCAAAUCAUCUAGAUAGUUUCCAGCUUUUUAAGAGCAGGAGUAACUGAAGGCUCCUUUACUGUGUCACAAUUAGAAAACCAUCGAACAGAGGUAACAGCUGUUGUUUCUCACUUGUUUCCAUGUGACGUCCUUAUGAGUCAAAAAUAAAGGAACUCUCACUUUACUCUGGGACAUUUUUAACAGAAUCCAUAAAGGUGUUUUAUUUCAGACAAUAAAGAUAAAUUGCGUUCUGUCUGAGCAUCAGUGGUCAACGUAUUUUUUACUUGAGUAAAGUAAUUGGAGAUAUUACCGUGAAAUAGAAUGGCCAAUUUCUAAAUAAAAUACAUGUUACUACUGUAGA